AUUCAUUUAAUGGCGAAGAUAGAGCCCUGACAUUUCAACUAUUAAACGUAGUGAAUCCAGUCAGAUCAUGUCUUUAUCCAAGUGCUACACCUCUACACCAGAAACAACAAACACUGCUCGACUGGCGAGACUUAUACUGGGUCCAUGUACUGAUGUGUUACGUGACAUUCUAAAGACAGAAGUGAAACCAUCUGAUUUGUCUAGAAAGGUUAAAGAAUUUACAGAUAAACUUUUACAUGGACAAAGAAAUCCACUCAACAAAACACAAUCAGAGAUAAUUUUCCCCAAACACACGAAACAAUACAGUAGUGAUUACUCAGACUUAGACAUAUCUUUUUUGUAUUUACUUCUACGCAAUGUAAGUAAAAUAUCAUCACAUUCCAAAGGUUGGGGAGAGAUUCCGAAUCCCGGAGACAGAAGCGUGGCAGCCAACAUUGAAAGAAUUCGCCUCAUUAGAAACAAGUAUUACGGACAUUCACCUGAUUUGUCCCUGUCCGAGUCAGAAUUUAGACAGGAAUGGCGGAACAUCCGGGACAUUGUAGUGGAGCUAGAGCGACACUUAGGAAACACUAAGGUGUACCAAGAUGCAGUCAACACGAUAAAAACCUGCUCCAUGGACCCAGAACAAGAGAAAAAAUACAUAGACUUACUUGGAGAUAUCACGGAACUUCAUAUAACUGUGGAUCAUUUAUCGAGUAAUAUGCUGAUGAUGCGAAGAGAAUUGGCGCUUCACAAUCCAAGACUUGCAAGAAAGAUCGAAACAACUAAGAAAAUGAUACAAAAACAUUAUGAAGCUGUUGGUCAUCUAUUUGUAAAAACUCAUGCGUUUGAGAGAGCCAAGGAACUGUUGGACAAUAACGGUUAUGUCGUCAUCAAGGGAAACCCCGGGACUGGAAAAACCACAAUCGCCAAGAUGUUAAUGAAAGAAUUGAUGGAUGAGGGGAAUUCUCCUCUUCAGCUUUACAAGUUAACAGACUUGUAUGAAAACAUAUCACCAGGUGAUGGUAUAGUGGUAUUUAUUGACAAUUUAUUUGGUGAGUUUACUUUGUACAACGAUGACGUUCAAGAAUGUAAAGCUAGAGCAGAUAUGACAAAGGUUUUAAUUGAAAAUGAUAUUGAUAAUAAAUCUAACAGACUGAUAUUUACACUUCGAAAUGAUAUAUAUCAGGAAUGUGUACAAAACGAGUGCGAUAACGAUUUUUUGAUGUCGUCCUUGGUUGACCUAUCAAGCAAGGAAAAUGCAUUGCUCACGGACGAGAUCCUACAGCUAUCAGAAAAGUAUGAACUAUCUGAAUAUAUAAAAGACAAAAAGCUCAUCUAUAAAAUAUCUGAAAUGCCACUAGCUAUAGGGUUUCCACAAUGUUGUAAAUUGGCAAGAGGCAAUGAAGAUUUUAAACAAAACGUCAUUGCAUUUUUACCAAAUGCAAUGACGUUUAUGAGAGACUACUUCAAAACCUUAUUGAAAAAAAGAACUGUAAAAACCGCUGUUUUAGUGUAUCUUCUUCUGAAUGGAGGAAAAGUAGAGUUCGAAUUAAUUCAUAAUCCCCGACGGGAUUUAGAGCUGAAGCGCGACUCCUUAGAAUUUGCAGGUCUGCAAAACUCGUAUGUUAACGAUUUCGAAGACAGUAUUUUGUGUUUUGAAGGUUUUUUAAUAACUCAUGACACGAUAGAAAAUAUUUAUAAGUUUGCCCAUAGUUCAGUACAAGAGUCUAUUUUCAGUGUCUUGUUUUUAUCAAAUCCUGAAAAAAUGAUCCAAAUGUGUUAUCCGUCCUUACUUAUGACAUUGACCACAUGUAAAAACCCCAAAAGUACACAAGUCUACAUAGAACAAGGAUUGUUUAAAUAUGUUGCCCGCCGCAUUGCAAAUAUAAUUGAAAAAGGGGAUGUAAUUGGAUAUUCUUCCAUAUCAUCACUGGAUUUAUGGAAUGAUUCGAACUUCCAUGAGCACGUAUUACAAUCUGAAGAAUGCACUUCGAAGUUUAAAACAUGUCGUGAUACCAACGGUGAUUCAGUGGUUGUGCAUUUUUCGAAGGUAGGGAAUAAGCGGUGGGUUGAAUAUUUACUUCCGAAUUCAGAAAAAAGACAAGGAUACAGAUCAAUAAACGCCGCUUGCUCUAAAAAUCAACCAAGUAUUGUUAAUCUUAUUUUGUCAUCAGGUGUGGAUUGUGAUCUUCAAACGUGUUUUCAUGCUGUACAAAGUGGUAAUAUAGAAUUAUUACUCCAAGUGUGUGAGUCUGUUGAUCUUCGUCAAAUUUCUCAUUCCUUGCAUCCUGUCUGGAAACAUAUAAGGCAUGGCUUACUGCAGGAGAUAUGUUUUAUGCAACAAACACAAUUAAUUGAACAGGUUCUGUCAAUAUAUCCAUUUCUUGUAAAUAUAAAAAAUGACCAAGGUGCCAAUGCUUUACAGUCUGCAGCAAGUUCUGGAGACAAACAUGCAUUCAAUCUUUUAUUAAAGCUUGGCUGUGAUCCAUAUGAAAAAGAUCGAGACAAUGGUCACACCGUUCUUACUUGUGCUUGUCAAAAAGGUAGGACAGACAUGGUCAAAUAUCUCAUUGAGAAAUAUCCUGCAUUACUCCAGGAACACACAGAUAUUCGUGGAAAAAGUCUUUUGUAUUGGGCAGCUUUCAGUGGAAACAUAGAUAUGUUUGAAUAUAUGCUUAACCUCUUUGAGGAUGAAAAUAUAUUACAUAUAUCAAGUGACAAUAAACCAAAGGGAGAUAAAACAGAUAAUUCAGGUCAAACUAUCCUGCACGCUGCAUGCGGAAAUGGUCAUUAUGAUAUGUGUGAAUAUUUAUUAAACAGAUACCCUCAAUUACUGGAUGUCUGUGACAAUAAUGGUGGCAAUGUCCUCCAUUACACAGCUAUAGGUGGCAACGUAGAUCUUUUUAGAGAUAAUGAAGGAUGGACAGUAUUAUAUUCAGCUUGCUGGGGAGGAAGUGUAGAAAUUGUGUCUUUUCUACUCAAUAAAGGAUUGGACAUUAAUACUUUGUCAAAUGAUGGUAAAAGUAUCCUACAUAUAGCUUGUCUCAAUGGCAAGUUUGAAGUUUGUGAGUACUUAGUUGAGAAUUAUCCCCAUCUAUUAGACGUCAAAGACAAAUCUAGUAAUACAGUGUUGCAUGAUGCAGCCUGGGGAGGUAGUGUUCAAAUAGUAAAACUAUUGAUUGAGAAGAAGAUGGACAUCUAUAGCCUACAGGGAGAUGGUGAAACUAUUUUACAUCUAUGCUGUCUCUAUGGUAAACUAGAUAUGUGUGAAUAUUUGGUCAAUCAUUUUCCAGAUUUAUUAGCGAAAAGGGACAAUGGGGGAUGGACAGCGUUACAUUCAGCUUGUACUGAAGGAAGUGUUGAAUUUGUUUCUUUUCUUAUAGAAAAAGGGAUGGAUAUAAAUGCCUUGUCAAAUGUUUGUUCAACUAUCUUGCAUAUAGCCUGUCUCAGUGGGAAAUUUGAAAUGUGUGAGUACUUAGUUGAGAUCUGUCCCCAUUUUUUAGAUUUAGAGGAUAGUUGUGGUAAGACAGUUUUGCACGAUGCAGCUAUAGGAGGCAAUGUUAAAAUAGUCAAACUAUUAAUUGAGAAAAAUAUGGACAUCAACACCCUACUGGACGAUUGUGAAUCAAUAUUACAUCAAUGCCGUCGUUCUGGUAAAAUUGAGAUGUGUGAAUAUUUGGUCGAUCAUUUUUCAGAUUUUUUGCUGAUAAGGGAUUAUGGAUGGACAGAAUAG